AAUAUGCACUCAGCAUUGCAGUUCGAGCUUCUUGCCAAAUGCUCGGUUACGAAAGCCCGCGCUGCGAAUCUUAUCCUUCCUCAUGGCCCAGUGCCGCUCCCCAUAUUCAUGCCGGUUGCGACGCAGGGAUCUUUGAAGGGCUUGACUCCGGAGCAAUUAGAAGAGACUGGUUGUAGACUAUGUCUGAAUAAUACAUAUCACUUAGGACUUAAGCCGGGUCAAGAAACCUUGGAUGCAUUAGGUGGAGCGCACAAGUUGCAAUCAUGGCCGCAUAACCUCUUGACAGUCGUGACUAACGCCGAAUCAAGGUUCCAGAUGGUAUCUCUCCUGAAGCUGGCUCAGGUUACUGAGGAUGGAGUGAGGUUUCUAAGCCCGCACGAUGGCACACCAAUGCUUCUCACUCCCGAACAUUCGAUAUCCUUACAGAACUCCAUAGGGUCCGACAUCAUGAUGCAGCUCGAUGAUGUCAUUGCAACAACAUCACCGGAUCUUGCGCGAAUUGAAGAGGCAAUGUGGCGCUCAAUAAGGUGGCUUGACCGAUGCAUAACAGCGCACAAGAAGCCAGAAUCUCAGAACCUCUUUUGCAUCAUACAAGGCGGCCUCGAUCUCGAACUUCGGCGCAUAUGUACCGAAGAAAUGGUUGCACGCGAUACACCUGGUAUAGCUAUCGGUGGUCUGUCUGGAGGUGAAGCCAAAGACGCAUAUUGCAGGGUCGUGGACACGUGUACUGGCCUACUGCCGGACAACAAGCCAAGAUACGUUAUGGGCGUUGGAUAUCCUGAAGAUCUCGUUGUGUCUGUUGCCCUCGGCGCCGACAUGUUUGACUGUGUGUGGCCAACGCGAACCGCUCGCUUUGGAAAUGCGGUGACGUCUGCAGGUAUAUUAAACCUGAGAAAUGCUGCAUACUCUGAAGACUUUUCGUCCAUAGAGGAAGGGUGUACUUGUAUAUGCUGCAAACCUCUGUCAGAGGGCGGUCUGGGCAUCACGCGAGCUUACAUAUAUCAUUUGGCUGCAAAAGAAACAGUUGGAGCCCACCUAUUGACUAUGCACAAUGUUCAUUACCAGCUUUCGCUGAUGGGUCGUGCAAGGCAGGCGAUCAUGGAUGACGCGUAUCCGGCAUUCCUGAAAGAUUUCUUUCGCAGGUUAUACGAUAAUGAUACGAGCCGAGUCCCUACCUGGGUAGUUGACGCUUUGCGCGGCGUUGGUGUCAACAUCUUGGCCUGGUAGACGGAAGGUCAGGCGGAAUAUACGGCAUCCCCUAGACUAGACAUGCAAGAAACCAUGGGAAGCUACACAAUAUCCCUCCCACGAGGCUUGCAUCAUUUCGUACAUCCUAGCUGGACCCCGGAUGGGCUGCGAAAUAGAGUGUGCCGACGACAAUCCUAGCAGGCGGCGAGCGCGUAGCGCCAUCUCUCGCAGUGGUUCUCAGAACCAGGUGCUGGUGUUUGAGUCGUCUGAACAUGACAUAUCUAUUGUUAUGGACGUAGCUACUCCUUGUCUUGUCAUGAGUGUGUGGAAGAAUGGCGGAAAUUGCGCAACGCGGCACCCGCGAACUGUUCGAGGCUAGGUUAGCUGCUAUGCGCUCGCUCACUGACGGUUGACACGCGAGCCCCC